GUGUAAACUUUGGUGCAGUCUCAUUGGUCGGAGAGAUCUUUGAGAAUGAAGGUGCUUUGAGGAGCCUUCUGGAAUGUCUUUGAAUGGGACUGGACUUGCGCUGCAUCGGGCUCAAAAAAUGCGCACUUAAACACUGGGUCAUAACAUUGGAUUAUCUGUCUGGAUAUACUUGAAGCUCUCUGUCUUUAACGGAAUGACAAACGGACUCCAAUGCUCAAAUGGACUCAGAUUAAACGCCGGGAGCAGGUCUGUUUCUCUCUGUGUGUGAUCUGUCAAAUAGUUUUCAUCCAACUUUUAACUGGAACCAGUUAAAUUUAAAGGACUAUAAUUCAACUGUACGAUCACAGUGCCGUUAUUAUAUGCCCCUAUCACUGGAUAUAAAGGAACUUUAUUGUAAAAAAAAAAAAAAAAAAGUUGGAUUUAUUUACUUAUUUCUUUAAAAUCGGAUUUGUGCCAGAGAGGAGAAACGAAUAACAGGAGUACCCAAAGUGAAAGACAGGAAUUAUGUGCACACCAGACAUGACGACCUUUGCCCCCUUGCUUCUCACUCUUGGCUACAUGGCGAGCGUUGCGUACGGGUGCCAACUGCCCACCGAGUGGCGUCCACUGAGUGAGAGCUGCCGUGCGGAACUGGCGGAGAUCAUUGUGUAUGCCAAGGUGCUGGCAAUUCACCGGGAGGAGUAUGGCGGGGCAGAGGGCAUCUACAACUCUCUGUAUGGUUAUGAGGGCGCAGAGGAAGGGUUGCUCUACUCCGCAGAGGUGGAGCUCAUGUGCGACCAGGCGUGGGGCAGCAUGCUGGAGGUGCCGGCGGGCUCGCGCCUCAACCUGACAGGGCUGGGGUACCUGUCAUGCCAGUCUCACACCGUGAUGGAGAACUACUCCUAUAUCUUCUUCCUCCGGAUGGAUGAGAACUACAACAUCCUGCCCCACGGGGUCAACUUCCAGGAUGCCAUCUUCCCAGACACCGUAGAGAACCGCCGUACGUUCUCCAGCCUGUUCCAGUUCUCCAACUGCUCCCACGGACAACCCCUCCAAACCUUCUCCCCAGAGUGGGACCCCCAGGAGGACAGCAGGCUCCUGUGCUCCUCGGUGCAGGGGGCUCUGUUCGAGGAGGAGGAGAAGAGCAGGAAGCAGCAGGAGCGCCUGGGCCAGCUGGAGAGGAGGAACAGGCAGCUGAAGGAGCGCGUCCGGAAGGUGAAGCGCUCCCUCCGGAAUGCCAGGAAGAGCCAGCGCCGGGCGGAGCAGGAGAGGCAAGGGCUGGAGGAGAGGCUGAGGUCAGCGGAGAGACGGGCUGGGCACCACCUCAAUACUAUCACACAGGAGGCUACGCCCAACAGAUACCAGGAGGCUGUGUUACACCGCACGCCACACACACCGCUUUAGUCUCUGGACUGGAUGUUGUUAAAGACUGCUGGGCAGUCUCUCUAAUUCCUGUUGUUCACAGGCACACACACAAUACUCAUUUAGUGACAUAUUCAGCCAUAUAUACUGUAGUUCCUACACACAUUACAUAGAGAGGGCAUCCAGUAGCCCUCGAAUAGCAGAGGGAAUUUGUAUUAGUGAAUGACUCGAGAGAAUGAGGGAGAGAGAUAGUGUAUGGCUCCUAUUAAUACACAGCACUGUCAUACAGCUGAUGGAUAGACAGAUGAAAUGAUUUAAUUUAGAGUAUAUUAUGAGUGAAUGACUAGAGUGAAUGAAGAAAGUGAGGUUACUUUCUGGUAGGUGUGUCUGUGGGCAUUUGUUCCAUGUGUUGUCUGUUGCUGUCCUAGUGUCAACACCACCAAAGAGAAUGACCAUGAGGCAUUGGGAUCAUUAUAUAUGAAUGUAUUACUGAAGCUGCAUAUAAACUCUAA